AUGAAUAAGAUGCCCUUACGAAAUACCUACUACCGGGAAUUUGCUUUCUGUGAUCACUUGAAAAUUUGCCCUCAAGGCUACACCUGCUGCUCCCAGGCCAUGGAGGAGAAGUAUUGGCAGCAGAGCAGGCAAGAUUUCAGCCUUGCCGUUGUCGAGCUGAGCAACAAUUUGCAAGGCACCUUCGGAGCGCGAUACAAAAAGUUUGAUGUUUACCAUGGUGCUCUCAGGGAUAGGGAACGUGAACGUGAUCGCCGAGACCGGGACAAGGAGCGGGAACGCCGUCGUAGCCGAUCCCGAGAGCGCAGGAGGCGAACACGGAGCCGAGAGAAAGAGGAGCGGAAACGCAGCCGGGAACGCAGCAAGGACAAAGACCGGGAACGCAAGCGUCGGAGUCGUUCUAGAGAUCGCAAGCGGGAACGGGACAGAGAAAAGAAAGAGGAGUUGCCAGAAGUGGGAGAGGCCCAGACUGAUGAGGUUACCCUUGGCGAGAUAGGUGUAGAUGGGAUAGAGGUGAAGCCUGAAGGGGAUGAAAAAGGUAGAGAGAGGGACCGGGAUAGGGAGAAAGAGAGGGACCGUCGGCGUAGUCAUCGUGACAGAGACAGGGAUCGUGACAGAGAGCGUCGCCGUGAUAGGGAUCGAGAUAGGGACCGUGACCGUGAGCACAAGCGUGACAGGGCUGAGCGGGGUGCAGAAAAACGGGAGGAGCGGGGGCAGGACAAUGCAAUGGGAGAAACAUUGGAGGAAACCAGUCAGGAUAUGUUCCUGGACCAAGAAUCCAUACAGUCAGCUGAUGGAUACUUAUCUACUGAAAAUGGAUACAUAAUGGAACCCCCACUGGAGUGAUGAAUGGAGACUCUUCCUUGUCCCUUGUCCAGCCAGGUGAGGUUCUGCUUCCCAGGCUGCUAGCCAAUGAGGUUGUCAACCAGUUGAGGUAACUGAUCUUAACUGGUUUUAUUUAGAAGGGUGUUUGAGGUCUGCUUCUCCCAUCCCAUUUCUUCUUAAUAUGUAACUUUCCACCAAUUUCUUGUGUAUUUGGAUAUUUUUGUUUAAACAAGAAUAAAGUAUUAAAAAUGUUUUCAUGCGAAAUUAUGAUACUAAA